UGCAGCUCAACACUUCUAUCUCGGCCUGUAUUGACAACAGAACAAACCACAAGCCGCAGGGUCACGGAAAACCAGUAGGAACCAGAGCAUCGGUUUUGGUCGUUUUUUUUAUUGUCCCCGUGGAAGCACGUCUACCUGACAGCCUCUCUGUUUGGGUCCAUGCAGGUUGUGCUGGUAUUUGCUAGGCUAGCGGAUAUUUCUGGUGCGGCGGACGUGAUGACCGGACAGAGAAGACAAGGUUUUUGCCUCCGGCUUGAAUGCCCUCCCGCCCUGACUCGGUUGUCUCUGCCUUCAGCAUCCUUCCAGCCCGCAUGUCAUGCCUCCGACAACGUAUCCGAGGCUGCCUCGGAAUCUUUACAUUCAACCCCGAUACCCUCCCGUACCAAGUCAAUAACGGGCCAGAUAGAUUCCUUCCGCACCGCUCCCUGAAUUCGACAAUAUGAAAGAAAAUAAACUGGACGAAACAAAGUGCACCCCUCCUGGAACUUGGAAUAGAUUUGGAUAUUUACGCCCCAAUGAUGCCCUCUUUUGGUUC